CCAAGGCAGAAGCUGGGCUGUCACGCCUGCGCAGGAGCUUGUGCUCUGCGUUAUAAUGCUAGCAUCUGCCAGAAGGCUGCUGCCAGGCCCGGGCAUCACGAGUGCUGUGGAGUCAAGCUGAGGCAGAGCUGCUGCCCCUCGGGGCCCAGCUCCACAAGCUUUCAGUUAAGGAGACCUCAGACCCAGCAGGAAGAUGGCGAACUCGACACAGGGCAAUGGGGGCCUCCCCAGCAUGGAGCUCUGGGCCUCCCAUAACAGAAUGGUGCUGGAGCCGCUCGAGAGCAACGACCCGGAGGUGCACAGUAUCAUCAAGAAGGAGAAGCAGCGGCAGAGGCUGGGGCUGGAGUUAAUUGCAUCGGAGAACUUUGCAAGCCGAGCAGUCCUGGAGGCCCUGGGGUCCUGCAUGAACAACAAAUACUCUGAGGGCUACCCAGGACAGAGGUACUAUGGUGGGACAGAGUUUGUAGACGAGCUGGAAAGGCUGUGCCAGAAGCGAGCCCUGCAGGCAUACCGGCUCGACCCCCAGAAGUGGGGCGUCAACGUCCAGCCCUACUCAGGAUCACCCGCGAACUUUGCGGUGUACACGGCACUGGUGGAGCCCCACGGGAGGAUCAUGGGGCUGGACCUGCCCGAUGGGGGCCACCUCACCCACGGGUUCAUGACAGACAAGAAGAAGAUCUCUGCCACCUCUGUCUUCUUCGAGUCCAUGCCCUACAAGGUCAACCCCAAGACUGGUUACAUUGAUUACGACCGGCUGGAGGAAAACGCCCGCCUCUUCCACCCCAAACUGAUCAUAGCAGGUGUCAGCUGCUACUCGCGCAACCUGGACUACGCCCGCAUGCGGAAGAUCGCCGACGCCAACGGUGCCUAUCUCAUGGCCGACAUGGCCCACAUCAGCGGGCUGGUGGCUGCUGGCGUGGUGCCCUCUCCCUUUGACCACUGCGACAUUGUCUCCACCACCACCCACAAGACCUUGCGGGGCUGCAGGGCCGGCAUGAUCUUCUACCGCAAAGGCACCCGCAGUGUGGACCCCAAGACGGGCAAGGAAACACUCUACAACCUGGAGAGCCUCAUCAACCAGGCAGUCUUCCCCGGGCUGCAGGGAGGCCCGCACAACCACGCCAUUGCAGGGAUCGCCGUGGCACUGUGGCAGGCCAUGACGCCCGAGUUCAAGGCCUACCAGCAGCAGGUGGUUGCGAACUGCAAGGCACUCUCAGCGGCGCUGAUGGAGCUGGGCUACGACAUUGUCACAGGGGGCUCCGACAACCACCUGAUCCUGCUGGACCUGCGCAGCAGAGGCACGGACGGCGGCCGGGCUGAGCGGGUGCUGGAGAUCUGUUCCAUCGCCUGCAACAAAAACACAUGCCCCGGUGACAUCAGCGCCCUGCGCCCCAGCGGCCUGCGGUUUGGGACGCCGGCUCUCACCUCCCGCGGCUUCCGGCAGGAUGACUUCCGCAUGGUGGCUCAGUACAUCCACAGAGGGAUUGAGCUGACGCUGCGUGUGCAGAAGGACAUGAGCCCAAAGGCUACGCUGAAGGAAUUCAAGGAGAAACUGGAGGAUGAGAAAUACCGUGGGGACCUGAAGGCACUGAAGGAAGAGGUGGAGGCCUUUGCAGCGACCUUCCCGCUCCCGGGGCUGCCUGUCCUGUAAGGGGAGGCACCUGCGCCGCUCCCAGAGCCAUGAAGUACCCGGGACUGCGGCACACUCGCACCUCCAGCCUGAAACCAAUGCCCCAGCACCUUCUCCCCGCACCUCCCUGCUGGCACUGGCUGCAGUGCAGCACCAGCUCCUUGUUUGGCUCUCACUCACCCCUCCCCACUUGUCUGGGGUAUGGGACCCCCUUGAGCAUGUCCACCUCUCUGGAGAAACCAGCCCCUUCACCACCCAGCGCUACAGUUGGGACCAAGCACCAAGUAACCCUCAGCCUCAGAGCCAGGCCUGGGUUUGAUCCAGCUCUUGCUGGCUGCAGGAGUGGCAGACGAGGUUUAGGCAGGCCUGCCCAUGCUCACCCCAAAGCCCCCGCCUGCAGCCAGGUGCUGUGCCCAGCUGCACAGGAGACCUCACAGCCACUAAAACCCUCCCUGGUUUCCUCGAGGAUUCCCCUUCGUGCGCACAAGCUCCCUCUCCACAAAGUGCCUUCCAGCCUCCGCAGGGUUUGACAAGGCCAAGCCUUGCCCCAGCCCCACGGAGAACAGCCCUCCUGGGAUCACAUCCCGUCCUAGCUCGUGUCUACCGGUAUUUUCUCAGACCUCUGAGCACAAAGCUUAGGUAGAACCAUUUUUUAAUAAGCACGGUAAAAUUAAGAAUUUAACCACAAUGUAUGACAAGAAUUAUAAGCUUUAAAAAAUACAACCAAUUUUUUUUUUUUGUAUUUCAAAAAUAUCUGAACCCAAAUAAAUAAUUUUUUUUGUUUUUUAAAAGUA